ACAAGGCUGGGGGUAGGAGGAUGAUUUUUCAGCCGAUUGUAUGGCGAUGAAUCAUGUGCGUUUAGCCCAGACCUCUGCUUUUAACUUAAUGGGCAGAGACUUGUCUUUCCCACACACAUAAUGUGAGUGGAUCCAGCAGGCUGGUUAAUAGCCGCAGCUCAAGCUUGAUGCUCUGGACGACUUCAGCGCUCCACGGUCAAGCAAGAAGCAAGCGAAGCGGAUUGUGGAGGCUGGUGGGGGAAAGGCGAGGGUCACCGCGGCCCUUGGAGGGCUAAUGGCUCGGAGGCUAGGACCGGUAGCCCACCUCGCCCACUUUUUCUGCUGCUUGGCUCUGGCUUGUUCUGCAGAUAAAACGGGCAAAGGGAGAACCAGUAACCUGAAGCCAAAGACUCAAAUGUACGACCACAUCGCCAAGUAUGAAACAAUGGUACCUCAGUGGCUCACCUCAGGACCUCCGGAAAACUUUCUGUCUCAUAACCAGCAUCCAACGUGGGCAGAGAUCCGAGUCACAGCCGAAGGAAGAGACCAUGUUUUACAGAUCCAGAAAAAUGAGCAGCUGUUGGCACCAAGUUAUGCUGAGACUCACUAUAGCCAGGAUGGACAGCAAAGGACCAAUUCCCCUGGUCACAAGGCACACUGUUUUUACCAUGGCAAUGUGAAGGGGUUUGAGCAUUCCAGUGUAGUACUGAGCACAUGUGGAGGUCUGCGGGGUCUGAUCGUUCUAAACACAAACGUCAGCUACCUCGUGCAGCCACUUGACGAUGGUCUCAGCCAACAUCUCAUCUACAGGGCUGAGUAUCUAAAGCUGAAAAAUGGGACCUGUGGUCAUCAACAGAGUGAACACAAGGAAAACUGGAUCAAAGAUUUCACCAGUCACCUUCAUCCAACUCAUCAUCGGAACAAGAGAGAUGUGGUGAAGGAUAUGAAGUAUGUGGAACUUUAUUUAGUGGCUGAUUAUGCUGAGUUUCAGAAACAUCACUGGGAUCUUGAGAAAACAAAACAGAAGAUGAAGGAAACUGCCAAUUAUGUUGAUAAGUAUUAUAGGUCACUCAAUAUCAGGAUUGCACUGGUUCACUUGGAGGUGUGGACUCAUGAGAACAAGUGUGAAGUGAGGGAGAAUCCCUACAGCACCCUCUGGUCCUUUUUGAAAUGGAGACGGCAGGCACUGACCCGGAAGAAGCACGAUAAUGCGCAGCUGAUCACGGGGAUCACCUUCAAUGGUACUACCAUUGGCUUGGCACCCUUGAUGGGUAUGUGUUCAGAUUAUCAAUCAGGAGGUGUGAAUAUGGAUCACUCCGACAGUGCAAUUGGUGUUGCUGCUACCAUGGCCCAUGAGAUGGGACACAACUUUGGUAUGAGCCAUGAUGCUGAAGGCUGCUGUUCAGCUCGCCCAGAAGAUGGAGGAUGUAUUAUGGCAGCAGCCACUGGUGAUCCAUUUCCCAAAGUUUUCAACAAGUGCAAUGAAAAGGAGCUUCAGAAGUACCUGCACGAAGGUGGAGGGAUGUGUCUCUUCAACAUGCCUGAUGCUAACACAUUGUACGGAGGGCGAAGGUGCGGGAAUGGCUAUGUAGAGGAAGGCGAGCAGUGUGACUGUGGGGAAGUUGAGGAAUGUACCAACAUUUGUUGUAAUGCUAAUAACUGCACUCUGAAGAUGAAUGCAGAAUGUGCUCAUGGGAUCUGCUGUCAUAAUUGCAAGUUGAAGAGCUCUGGCACAGUGUGCAGGAAGUCAUCGGGACCAUGUGACCUACCAGAGUACUGCUCUGGCAAUUCCGAGUUUUGUCCAGCCAACUUUUACCAAAUGGAUGGGGUCAGCUGUGAUGGAGGUCAGGCCUAUUGCUACAAUGGGAUGUGCCUGACUUACGAAAAUCAGUGUGUGCUGCUGUGGGGUUCUGGGGCUCGUGUUGCUCCAACAAAAUGUUUUGAAAAAGUGAAUGAUGCCGGGGACACAUACGGCAACUGUGGCAAGGAUCAUCGGGGAAGUUACCGCAAGUGUGAGGCCAAGAAUGCCAAAUGUGGGAAAAUACAGUGCCAAAGUGACGCUCAGAAGCCUCUUGAGGCGAAUGCUGUUGCCAUAGACACCACAAUAACGGUAAACGGGAAGCGGGUACAGUGUAGGGGAACCCAUGUGUACACAACUCCUGAGCUGGAAGGGGACAUGCUGGAUCCAGGACUGGUCAUGACUGGAACAAAAUGCACUGACAACCACAUCUGCUUUGAAGGACAGUGUCAGAAUGCUUCUUUCCUGGCUACUGAUGAGUGUGCUGCAAAAUGUCACAACCACGGGGUCUGUAACAACAACCAAAACUGCCACUGUGACCCUGGCUGGGCACCACCUUUCUGCAACAAACCGGGCUAUGGAGGCAGUGUGGAUGGUGGAGUUGGAAAGCCCAACUAUAAUGGCCUGAUCGUGGUAGGAAUUGUGGUGCCAAUUAUCCUGUUUCUGUGUGGCAUUGGAGUCAUUUUGUAUUACUGUUACCGACGGAGAUACAACAUCUGUCCUCAGGGCAUCAGGAACUCAAGGCCUGAAUCCAAGCAGUUCUGUGGAAUUUCUGGCAUGCUGAAGGAUUACGAACGAUACGUGAAGCAGAAUGUGAGCAGUGCGGUUUCCUUUCCCAGUGCUGAUAAUAUGGACCAGAAAACAAACAACGGCCACUCAAACCCAACCUUCCAAAUCAGAAACAAAGAUACAAAGACUGGACAACAGCAGAGUCCUGCGGUGCCUCCAAAACCACGAUUACCUCACUCUGUUCAUCCUCAGCGUCCGGUCUUACUAUUACCAACCCUUCAGUUUACCUCACCAUCCAGCAAUAGCCAGCAGGAUAAUAAAAUGCCUAGCCCUAGAACACCAGGAUUGCAGUCUCCAAGAACUGUAAAAGAUGCUAAUGUUAAGUCUUCAAAACAAACUCCUCCAAACAGACCUCUGCCAGCAGAUCCUCUCCCUCGGACUCCAAAGGUUUUACAAGGCCAGGCAGCACUCAGCAGUAGUCUUGGUGUCCAGAUGAAUAAGAGACCUUUGUUGCCACCAAGCAGAGGUAAACCACAGGAAAACAGGGUUGGUUCUGAAACUGGCCCAUACAAAAGGGACCAUCCAUAGCCUGUGCCAAGAAACAAAGUCUGGCUUUUGCAGAGACCUUCCUGGAACACCUCAAGAAGCACUUGCACUAUCCUGAUCUCUGCUGUCUUGGGAUCUCAUGGUAUCAAAACCAGCAGAACAGUGAAUGUGACAUCCAGUUCAAAGCAGCUGUAAAUAUAGGGGAGCCAUUCUUGCAACAUGCAUGGUCAAAAUUGCAACCCAAAUCUACCUAUCUCAAGUCUUUUUUGUUUGAAUUAAUCUUGUGGGAACAUUUCCUAGAAGUUUAAAAGAUCGCUUUUUUUUUGUCAUUCAGCCUUUCCCUUCCUGGGUUGAAAGCAUUGAUCUCUCCAUCACCAAGUGACAGCCAAACAUCUUCUGAUUCCUUAUUCUCGAUGGCCAUUCUUCAGCAGCAGCCCAGAAUCAUGAGGAUCGGUAGCUGUUCAACAUUGGAACUGCUCCUGCCCCAACGUCCACCACUGAUUCAACCGAGUGCCACACUCCAACAGGGAUCAGUGGGCAACACUCAGGAGUGGGAAUCCUUGAAUGAAUCUCCUAUCCUAUUGACAACCAAGGCUAAUUGCAGCUUUAAUUCUAAACUGUUGCCUUUGGCCUUGUCUCUGACGUCUUGUGAAUGAAAUCAAUGCCGUACAACAGCAGUGAAUAUUUCACUUGCCAGUGAUUUGAAACAAAGUUUAAAUGAACUUUCAUAAAGACAUCAUUCUGGUGGAUUGUAAAAUGUUGAAAAAGAAUAGAGAACAAUGCCCAUCAACUACAGACCAGUCAGGUUAACUUCAGAGAUGGGAAAUUUUUGGAGACAAUAAAUUGAGACAGAAGUAAUUCACACUUAGGAUAUUAUGGGCUAUUAAAUAUCAGCAUGGACUUCUUAAACAAAAAUCAGGUUGAUUAACUUGAGGUUGUUGAUGAAUUAUCAGGGAACAGUGAUGAAGGCAGUAUGGUUGAUGCAUAUGUGUUCAGACAGAAGGCAUAAGAUUUGCCUUAUGCCUUCUAUAUAAAGGCAUACAGGAGGCAUGCCUAUAGGACUAUAUGAUGUAUAGGACUUGGUGAAACGAAGGCCCAGUCACAGUGAGAGAGUAGCAGCAUGGACACAAAAUUAACUGGUUACAGAGAGUAAUUGUUACUAAUUGUGUUUCUCUUUCCAAACUGAAGGGCAGCAUACAGAAGCAUUCCCCAGGAGUCAGUAUGAGGACUAUUGCUUUUUUAAUGUACGCUAUUGAACUGUUCUUGGAUAUACAGUAAAACUCCAUUAAUCAGGAAUGUUCGGGACUCUGCUGUUGCCAGACUGACAGGUUUUCCGGAUGAAUAGAUGUCAUUCCAAUUAAUACUUCUAAUUCACCUUAUUUUAGAUACGGUACAGUAGCAUAAUAGAUUUUCCAGUGAACCAGAUGGGUUUAAAAAGUGUGAGAAACAGGGUUCCACUGAGUUUAAAGGGAGUGGGGGCACUGGGACUCUGGUGUAUCAGAGGGGACAUUGGAACCAGGGCCCCCAUGUGUUGGAGGCUUGGGAACUGGGGACCAGGUGUGUUGGAGAGAGCAUGGGAACUGGGGCAGAAAUGUGUUGGAGAGAGCAAGGGAAUCAGGACCUGUGAACCAGCUGUCAAACUGUCGGGAUUUCCAAACAAUUGGAUAGUGGAUUAUUGGAGUUUUACUGUAUAGGGUAUAAUUACAAAAUCUGCAGAGAUCAAAAAUCUUGAAAAUAGAAUUAACAUUGAAGUGGAUAUUAAUUGACCUUGGGGGAUCUAGGCAGAACAAGCUGACAAGGUUCUUCAAACAUUAUAUAGGAUCCUUGGCUAUUGUAAUCAAUGUAUUCAGUGCAAAAGUAAGAAUGUUAAUGCUGAACCUUUAUAGUUACUGGUAGGCAGUUCAAAGAUUAUUUUUAAUUCUGGGGUUAAUACUUUUGGGUGGAUGUUGAGGCCUUAAAGAAGAUGCCAAAAAGAUCUAUUAGAAUAAUUUCAGGGUUAAGAGAUUUCAUUUAGGCAGAGAAGCUUCAGUUCUGUGGAGAGAAGCUGAGUGUAUUCUCUUCAUGUUGGAGAAGGUUAGGGGAGAUUUGGAAUAGGUGCCCAAAAUCAUGAACAGUUCUUAUAGAUUAGUAAGUAGAAAGUUUUUUUUCCAGUGGCAAUUGACAAAACCAUGCAGAAGAGAUAUGAGAAAACAUUUUUGUACAAUAGAUAUCAUGAUCUGGAAUGCACUGCUUAAAAAGGUGGUGGAAGAGUAUUCAACAGUAACUUUCAAAAGGGAAUUUUUGAAGUACUUGAAGAGAAGAAAUUUGCAGCCUACGAAGAACGAUCAAGAGAAUGGAACUAAUUGUGAGGGCUAGCAGGCACGAUGAACUGAAUAGCCACCUCCUGUGCUGUGGUGCUUAAAUACAAGUUGUCAUAUAACUCAAUCUAAGCUGUAUGACAGUCACUGGAACUAAACAAAAGGUGGGCUCUCACCUCUGAAAAAUUAGUGAGGUGGGGUCAGAUCAAAGAUUGUUUCAGAAAGAUCUGAAACAGGAACCCAGAGAACCUUGAACUUGGUCUUUCCCAGUUAAGUUUGAAGGAGACGGGUUACUUGUUAUAAUGGGUUUGUGCUGACUAUUGUACUUUUUAUUUAUGCGGCAAGUUUCUCAUGCCUCGGGAAACCCAAUGGUUGGAAAAAUGUGAGAAAGAGAAGUCUCGUAACGUAAUUGCAAUUACAUCUUGUAGGCCAGGAGGAACAAAUGUUUCCUCCAGACCGUUCAGCUACACCCCUUCCUCCCAUAGAGAGCUAUGUGCUCUCUCCCAUUAUCAUUGACCCUCUAAAUCUCCAGCUACCAUUAGACACCUCUACUGAGCAGGUUCUUCUCCCACCUAAGGACCCACUUUUCCUCAACCACCAUCAGAUCCAUUGGACUUUACUGACUACCACAGUCAGUUGCCAUUACCACCAUAGAAAAGUCUCACCAUCAUCUGAGCCACUGCCUUACCAUCAGACCUUCUGCUGCCACCCCAUCCCUACACAACCAUCACUGGACACCUCGUCCCAGCCAAUGUUGCAACCUCUCUCACCAUGUGAUCUGCCAUCCGUCCCACACCUACCUCCACAACCUCUCCUGUCUUCCACCCUGCUCCACCUCUCACCCAAGACCUUGUUGUUUCAGUUCCCCUCUAGCCCAGCAUUUAAACAGCCUAAGGUUCUGAAACCAAUGGAAAACACCUUAAGUGUGUUCUGCAAUAAAAAGCUGUGAGAUAUUCUGGACAACCAAUCUCCCAGAUUCUCUGACCUCAAAAUAUCUCCUCAUUACCAACAUUGAAUAAUGUUGCUAAAUAUUGAAUAAUCUGUGCUAAAAAUCUAGGAAAAUGCAUCCUCUUUAAUGUAUUCUUUCUCACCAACUUUCUCCCCUGUUCAUCUGUGCCUGCAAACUAUUGUCUAUUGAGGCCUUGUCCCAAAAACAGCACUCUCAUGUCUUGAGGGAGGACGUUGUGGCUCCACAGACUGGGCCGAUCUGUCAGGGCCAAUACUUCAAUGCCGCCCUUAACAGGUCCUUUCAGGUGAACUUUAUUAGGGAGAAGGCUAGAUCUUUGGCUCUGCGAGCCGUCUGCUAAAAUUGCUGAAGUAGAUGUUUAAAAUUCUUAUCUUUGCUUUCAAAAUCUUGGGGUCCAAGUCCAUGGCUCCCUGAAUCUGGCCACUCAAGUUGAUAGGAUGGUAAAGAAGGCAUAUGGCUGCUCGCCUUUAUUAGUCGAGGCAUUGAGUUCAAGAGUAAGUAAGUUAUGUUGCAGCUUUAUAAAAUUCCAGUUAUGCUGCAUUUGGAAUAUUGCAUUCAAUUCUGGUUCGCCCCCCCCCCCCCCCCAUUAUAGGAAGGAUGUGGAGGCUUUGGAGAGGGUGCAGAGAAGGUUUACCAGGGCGCUGCCUGGAUUGGAGGGUAGGUGCUAUAAGGAGAGGUUGGACAAACUAGGGUUGUUUUUUCUGCAACAGCAGAGGCUGAGGGGAGAGCUGAUAGAAGUUUAUAAAAUUAUGAGAGGCAUAGAUAGACAGCUGGUAUCUUUCCCCAGGGUCAAAAUGUCUAACAAUAGAGAGCAUGAAUUUACGGUGAGAGGAGGAAAUUCAAAGGAGAUGUGCGGGGCAAGUUCUUUUUAAACGAGAGCGGUGGAUGCCUGGAAUGUGCUGCCACGGGUGUUGGUGGAGACAGAUAUGAUAGAGGUGUCUAAGAGGCUCUUAGAUAGGCACAUGACUAUGCAGAGACUGGAGGGAUAUGGACCAUGUGCAGACAGAAGGGAUUAGUUUAAUUAGGCAUCGUUGGCUUAAUUAGUUCAGCGCAACAUUGUGGGUAAAAGGACCUGUUCCUGUGCUGUACUGUUCUAUAUUCUAUGUUCUAAUUCUUCCAUUGCCUCACCCACCCCACUCAAACACCACCCUUGUAACCUCCUCUAGCCCAUCAUCUCUCACAUCUCUUUAGUCCUCAAAUUCUGGCCUCUCGUCCAUCCCUGAUUUUUUUUUGUUUCAUCUUCACUGUAUCUUUGGCAACUGUGCCUUCAGCUGCCCAAGACCUUAAAGCAUGGAAUUCCCUCCCUGCAACUCUACCCCUCUCUAUGUUUCUCUCCUCCUUUAAACUGUUCCUUAAAAUGUACAUCUUUGAGCUUUCAGCAGCUUUUCCUCAUGUUACCAUUUGUGUCUCGGAGUCAGAUUUUCUUUGGAAAAACUCUGGUGUUUUUGCUAAGUUAACGGUGCUACAUAAAUAUAGACUUGUUGUUGAAGUCCAGUGGAUUUACUUGAUUAUUUCCAAAUCCACUGACACUGCUGGAUACAUCACUGAAUAAGUUCCCUGAUGAACACAAACAUCUUAGGCUUUAAUUCCUGCUACUCCAUUGGUCUUGGCUGGUUGCAGGAAGAAUAAAUAGUCUGGGUCAGUAAUUGGAAUGAAGGAGGGGUGGUGAUGGGGAAGGGGCUCCUGCUCUCUAUCAUCAUACAGAGCUUCCCACUGGGAGAAUAUGCCUGUGCAGAUGCUGGAAACAGAGCUGAGUCAACAUGGUUCUGAUGACCUUCUGCAAAAAUCUCUCACCUUUGCUCAUUAUGUUCACUUAUAAGACCAUAGCCCAGCAAGUGUCGAGUAUAGAGGAGAUAAAACUUUAAUGGACAGAUCUAACCUUGAAACUUUCAAGAUCUCAGGAGCACCUCUGACGUUGAUUGCCUGACUCUACUACCUCAUUGGAAAGGAGCUGUGGAGAGGGAGUUGGGGUGACGGUUUUGAUUCAUAUUUUUGGCCCUCUGCUUGUUCCAUUUGGAUUUUUAAUCCAAUAAUGAAAACAAAUGUUUACGUAGAAGUGGGCCUAAAUUUCAGGGAGAUGAAUUAAAUCUCGUUUUAACAGUUUAUAGAUGACAUGUGGCUUCCAUGUUGUGUUAAGCAAAUCCUGGGAUUUUUUUUGUUUCACCCACAUGUGCUACUUCUGAAUUGUGUGUAACUGAUAAAACAAAGAAAGUACUUGAACACCAUAACUUGUGCCUUCACAUUAUUUAUUAAUUUAAUAAAGUUAAUGCUGU